AGGACAAACCAAAAGAAGAAAAUAUAAGCAUUCACAGUGGACAUGCGCACAGGGAAACAGGAAUGAUGGCACGCUGAAUAUAAUUCAACAUAGCAACGCUGGGUGGUAUACAAAGAAAACGUUCGAAAUCCGGCGUCUGGUACAAGGAACUACCGCCAGAACAUCGGGAAAUCCCACAUACAGUACGUGGAUGGUUCCAAUGAUCGACAAGUCGGCCUGGUCACUGAGAUCACCUGAGGAAAGUUUAUAUAAAUUCCCAGCUGCCCCUCACCUUCCCUCCUUCACCAUUUCUUACUUCCCUAACAAACCCAGUAUCCUGCUGUCUUUGGAGCACUGUUUAUACCCAAUACGACCUGUUAUUUCAGCACCGUCAAAGAGAAUAAAGACAAAGCAGUAUGCCUGUCACGUUCAGAGUUGCAAAUCAUGGAGCGGAGAAGUGGUGGCAGGAAAAGGCCACCAGCGCUGAAGACUUGCUUGAUGGAACGUCUCCUAGAGAUUACAGACGCUCCAAACGACUUGUUCAAAGCUCUUUCGACAAUAACCAGUUCAAUGGCACAUACGCCCUACAGGAAAGACAUAUCUCACCAUCAGAAAACGGCCUUGUCUGGGCAAUCUUCAGGGCGUAUAGCAAUCAUUAUAAUCUGGUCAUCCGCCCUGAAGAUGUGUGGUUUUCCAUCCUAUCCCAACUCGGCUUCUACGUCAACGCGCAUGCCGAAGAACUAAGGUCGUACUUUGUUUCGCACGAGGGACAGAAGGAGCUCACAGUCAGAAGUGCGAUUCGGGACUUUGGGGCUCUGGCGAUCGCAAUGACGGAGCAGAUUCAGGAGAACGUCAAGGAUCCUGAGCUGCGAGAAUGGAUCAUGCCUGCUUUCAGCACAACCACCACAUCUGACAAAAUAGUCUCGGCCAUUUUGAUGAUGGGGGUCAUGCAAAAGUAUUUCUCCUAUAACAUGUGCCUGAUGUGCGGAAUCCCCACCGUGACGUUGCUGGGCGAGCGGGAUGACUGGGUCCUGCUACUAUCAAAAAUCGACAAGAUUCCUGAGUUGGGUAAAGAACCGACACAAUUUGCAACCCUUCUCAGACCGGUUAUCCAGCACUUUAUUUCAUCGUUCGAUAACCCGUCCUCCCCUGAUGUUGUGGACUUCUGGCAAAGAUCGGUUCAUAGGGAAGGCGGCGGUAGUGGCCCUACCUAUUUGUCUGGCUGGGUUACGGCAUUUUGCUUCUGGAAUGCCCAGGGGGAGCCCCUCUACCAUGAGGACGCCGUGGCCAACGGCGUGGGUGGCAAUGUAGACGGCAUCUGGUAUCAUCGUGUAGAGACAGAUACGAUUCCUUCUGGUUACAACACUGUUCCUGUGAAGGUCGACGACUUCGGACAUGUUUACAACACCAAAAUGGUCGCGGGUCUGGUCGGAAUCGAAGCCUCGCCGACGCCAAGUGCUAAUGGCACAGAUGCUGGAUCUUUGAAUACUAUUCAACCGGUGGCGGGAUGGUGGAUGUAUGAGAUCGACGCAGAAGCUGAGGAAGCACGGGAGAAGGAGAAACGUGAACUUCAAGCCGAAAUGGAUUCUAUAAAGUCUGCAUCGGCUGAUUGGGAUAGUGACCCCCAGCUCAGCAACCGCUACUGGACCUUGUUUUCCAAACACCGAGAUUUAGAGCUGGUCUGAGUCCCAUGUCCUUAGAUGUCCGGCUACAAAGAACACCACGGUAGAGACAAGUGAUGAGGACGCGGGGGUUCUCUCUUAAUCACAAUAUGACCAUAUCUACCUGCUCCCGUAUGCAGGUCUCCAUAAAACACGGAAGUUUGCUUUUGUUGUCCCCGUAUUCCUAUUCCACGGGCUCCUUUGUUAUAACGCCGUAUCCAUAGUACCUUAUAUCAUUACGUUUCAAGCAUCCAGCUCGAGCCAACAAGCUCACUAUCGAUUGGAACCCUUUAUUUUACUUACACUCCCACCUUGUUUACCGCUUAGUAUUUUUUAGUUAUAUCUAUGUAGUAGUUAGGAUAUCUUGAGAUAAUUGUUCUAGCCUUUUUCUCUACGACGCAUGAUGUUACUGCGGCCCAGGAGAGCGUAUCCCAGAGAGGGUAUAUUCCCACGAGAUCGAUUAUCAGUGUCGG